AUGGUACAGCUGUUCCCCAGGAUAACUUACUAUGAAAAAACCCAGAUGGAGCUGGCCUUUUCCCCCAUUCCCUCUUCCAGAACCAAGAGAGCCAUAGGGACGUCAGCAAUCUUACUGUCCUCGUUGGUUGGCCUAGAAAUACCUGGGGCGACUGGGGUCGGUACUUCUGCCUUGAUUUUACAGGACAAAAAUUAUAGGGCUCUCCAAGUAGCCAUCGAUUCUGAUCUCAAAAAUUUAGAACAGUCCAUCACUAAGUUAGAGGAGUCCCUAAACUCUUUAACAGAAGUUACUUUACAAAACAGAAGAGGCCUAGACCUCCUCUUCAAGCAACAAGGAGGCCUAUGUACAGCUCUAGGGAAAGAAUGCUGUUUCUAUGUUAACCACUCAGGUGUUAUUAGAGAUUCUAUGGCGCUGCUUAGGAAAAGGAUUAAGGACAGAGAGCCUAAGGACACAGGAUGGUAUAAACAAUUGUUCAAUUGGUCCCCAUGGCUCACCACCUUACUCUCAGCCCUGGCCGGGCCUGUAAUCCUCCUCCUAUUAAUGUUGACUAUAGGGCCAUACAUAAUUAACCGGCUGCUAACUUUUGUCAGAGAACAGCUCCCAUAUUAUACUACCUCUCUCAGCUACUGCCCAUUUCUGGUCCCACUCCUUAAAAAGGGUCUCUGUGUACUAUGCCACUUCCUCCCCAUCCUUUCUCUCCUGGAUCUCUUCCUAUCAAACUUGCAUCUCCUCACUGAGGUGAAAAGUUCAAUGGUAAAGUUGAGUGACAAUGGAUAUGAUGGCAUUGUCAUUGCAAUUAACCCCAGUGUACCAGAAGAUGAAAAACUCAUUGAAAACAUAAAGGACAUGGUAACUGAAGCUUCUACUUAUCUAUUUCAUGCCACCAAACGAAGACUUUACUUCAGGAAUGUAAGCAUUUUAAUUCCAGUGACCUGGAAGUCAAAGUCUGAGUAUUUAAUGCCAAAACAAGAAUCAUAUGAACAGGCAGAUGUCAUAGUUGCUGAUCCUUACCUAAAAUAUGGAGAUGAUCCCUACACACUUCAAUACGGACAAUGUGGAGAGAAAGGACAAUAUAUACAUUUUACUCCAAACUUCCUGUUGGCUAACAACCUGAUGAUCUAUGGGCCCCGAGGCAGAGUAUUUGUCCACGAGUGGGCCCAUCUUCGGUGGGGGAUAUUUGAUGAGUAUAAUGUGGACCGUCCAUUCUAUAUUUCCAGAAAGAACACUGUUGAAGCAACAAGAUGUUCCACUCAUAUUACUGGUAUGAAUGUGGUUUUCAACCAGUGUCAGGGAGGCAGCUGUAUAACAAGGUCAUGCAGACGUAACUCACAGACAGGGCUGUAUGAAGCAAAAUGUACAUUUAUCCCAGACAAAUCCCAGACUGCAAAGGACUCCAUAAUGUUCAUGCAAAGUUUUGAUUCUGUAACUGAAUUUUGCACAGAAAAAACACACAAUACAGAAGCUCCAAACCUACAAAACAAAAUGUGCAACCACAGAAGCACAUGGGAUGUAAUCAAAGACUCUGCUGACUUUCAGAAUGUAUCUCCCAUGACAGAAACAAAAGUACCACCUCAUCCUAUGUUUUCAUUGCUCAAGUCCAAACAACGAGUAGUCUGUUUGGUACUUGAUAAAUCUGGAAGCAUGAGUGCAGAUGCCCGUCUUGUUCGAAUGAAUCAAGCGGCAGAACUGUUCUUAGUUCAAAUUAUUGAAAAGGAAUCUAUGGUUGGGAUGGUCACAUUCGAUAGUGUUGCUAAAAUCCAAAAUAAUCUAAUAAAAAUAACUGAUGAUAGUGCUUACCUAAAGAUCACUGAAAACCUGCCUCAAAAUGCUGGCGGUGGAACUUCAAUCUGUAGUGGACUAAAAGCAGGAUUCCAGGCAAUUAUCUACAGUAACCAGACUACUUUUGGUUGUGAAAUCAUACUGCUAACAGAUGGAGAAGAUAAUGGUAUAAGUUCAUGCUUUGAGGAGAUCAAACAAAGUGGUGCAAUUAUCCACACUAUUGCUCUGGGACCUGCAGCUGCCAAAGAGCUAGAGACCCUAUCAACUAUGACAGGAGGACAUCGUUUUUAUGCCAAUAAAGAUAUAAAUGGCCUCAUUGAUGCUUUCAGUAGAAUUUCAUCAAGAAGUGGCAGCAUCUCUCAGCAGGCUCUUCAAUUGGAGAGUAAAGUCUUGAAUAUUACAGGGAAGAAAUGGAUAAAUGGUAAAGUGUCUGUGGAUAGCACCAUUGGAAAUGACACAUUCUUUGUUGUCACCUGGACAAUGCAAAAGCCAGAAAUUAUUCUUCAAGAUCCAAAAGGAAAACAAUAUAAAACCUCAGAUUUCAAAGAGGAUAAGCUAAAUAUUCAGUCUGCCCGUCUUCGAAUACCAGGCAUUGCAGAGACAGGUGCUUGGAGUUACAGCCUUUUAAACACUCACGCCAAACCUCAGUUGCUAACAGUGACAGUGACCACACGAGCGAGAAGUCUUACCACACUCCCAGUGGUUGCAGCUGCUCACAUGAGACAGAACACGGCUCGGUACCCCAGCCCAGUGAUUGUCUAUGCACAAGUCAGCCAAGGGUUUUUGCCUGUUCUGGGAGUCAAUGUAACAGCCAUCAUAGAAACUGAAGGCGAGCAUCAAGUAGCACUGGAGCUCUGGGACAAUGGUGCAGGUGCUGAUACUGUCAAGGAUGAUGGCAUCUACUCAAGAUAUUUUACAGAUUACCAUGGAAAUGGUAGAUAUAGUUUAAAAGUACGUGCCCAGGCAAGAAAAACCACAACUAGACUAAGUUUAAGACAACAGAACAAGUCUCUAUAUAUACCUGGCUACAUUGAAAAUGGUAAAAUCACACUGAACCCACCAAGACCAGAAGGGAAAGGAAACCUGGCAGCAGCUGACCUAGAAGACUUCAGCAGACUCACCUCUGGAGGGUCAUUCACUGUGUCAGGAGUGCCCCCUACUAUUAACCAUGCUCAUGUGUUCCCACCCAAUAAAAUUGCAGACCUAGAGGCUGUAUUUAAAGGGGAUCAUAUUCAACUUUCAUGGACUGCCCCUGGCAAUGUCCUUGAUAAAGGAAAAGCUGACAGCUACAUUAUACGAAUCAGUACACAUUUCCUGGAUCCCCACAAAGAUUUUGACAAUGCUACCUUAGUGAAUACUUCUGGUCUGAUACCUAAGGAGGCUGGCUCAAAAGAACACUUUGAAUUUAAGCCAGAACAUUUCAAAAUUGAAAAUGGCACCAAGUUCUAUAUUGCAAUUCAAGCCAACAAUGAAGGCAAUCUCACCUCACAAGUUUCCAACAUUGCACAAGUAACCAAGUUCACUGAGUCACCAGAACCCAGUGUCCCUGCUCUGGGUACCAAGAUUUCUGCAAUCAGUUUGGCAAUUUGGGGAUUAGUGGUGAUUCUAUCUACAUUUUAA